GAGGGCGUAGCAGCCAUCGAGCAAGAGAGACCGGAGAAAUUUAGUGAGAAACAUCGACUAAGAGCACCAUUAUCCGGGUCUCUUAAGCAUGUAUCUUAGGGUAAUUGUAAUUAAAAAGAAAAUGAAAAAUAUAUUAAAGGGAAGACAUGUCUCUUAAUGAAGCCACGCAAGGGACGUCUCUUAUGAGACAGCUGUCCAAACAUGAGUGCUUCAUCUUCCUUUCCACCAUCUCUGCGCAGGAAUCUGGGGUUGACAAGGAAUCGGAAGGAUCUGAUAAAGAGCUUGGCCGUCGUGGAAUGAUUGGGACUGAACGAAUUGGACUUGAUGCUGGUGACAGUCUUGGUGCUCUUGGUUUGAACCUCGAAUCCACUUGGCCUGGUGUAUUUGAUGCUAUGUUUUCGAGUUUCUCCAUGAUUCUUGUGACAGAGAUUGGCGAUGAAACUUUUAUAAUAGCGGCACUGAUGGCUAUGCGACACCCCAAAGCUACUAUUUUGUAUGGUGCACUUUCAGCUUUGUUUGUUAUGACUAACUUUUAAGUUAGGUGAUAUGUAUAGUCUUUGUAUGUUGAGUUAGAGACAUCAGCCUUUGUAGCAGGGUUUGAGUAUUGAUCAUAGUCCGAGAGCAAGAGAAACCAUCAAUUAAGCAUUAAUCAUGUUUUUAGGUUCUCUUCUUCCACAAGUUUUUCAUUUCCUUGUUUUUUUGUUCUUUGUUCUUUGGAAAGAUUAGAAACUUGUGUUGAGAUGUCAAUCGUCUUCUUCCAUAGAGUUCCUUAGUUUUAUUGUGUCUUGUAUUCUUUUUCUCACACGUCUUGUAUUCUCAUGUCAAGGACGUUGAUGAAAGUGUUUUCUGGUGAGUAAUUAAAAGUUUUAAUCUUUCUGGUAUAUGAUCAAUUGUUUCUUCCAAGAAGUAUGAUAUAAGUAUGUUUUAAUUUUACAGAAAGACCAGUGAUGUAUAUGGCGGAGAUGUGUUGAGCGAGACUAAGCCAUUACAGAUCCAGGCUUCAGCCAAGAAAGACAUUGCCUCCGCCAAAGUUGCCAAGUGAUCACAUAACCAAGCUCUGUCGUGGGGAUUGGAUGAUUAAAAGGUCGUCAAGGUCUAACGUAGUGCAGCAUCAACGUCCAUUACAAAAGGUUGUAUUAUCAGAAACUUGUAUAAAUGAUAUGGAUAAUGAAAGUGUAUUCACAAGAUCAAAUGUUUCUUUUCGAGUUCUUUCUUCCUUUUCUAAGUUCUUUCAAUUUUUUUUGUAAGAACUCUUGCUUAAAAAACUUGCAAUGGAGGACAAAAAUUUAAGUGUA